CCUUAUUUUGGGGAAUUACCAUUCUAUUUUCACUAAUCACUACAUCACCAUGCUUUUAGUCCCAUUUCAGAUUUUGUCCCAUUAAUGAUGGUUGGUAACGUUUGAUACUCUGAUGAAAUAAGAAACACGUUGAUCUGGUUUCGCAAGAACAAACUACCAUAAACGACACAAUCACAAGGAAUCACGCGCAGAGAGACACUGAGAGAGUUGAGAGUUGAACCGAUGUUGACACUGAAGGGAGGAAGCAGGCCACCGUGGGUAGGUCUAGGAGCAGCGGUGUGGGUUCAGAUUGCUUCCGGCAACACCUUCACUUUCGCUCUCUACUCUCACUCUCUCAAAUCCGUUCUCGGUUUCAACCAGCGCCAGCUCUCUCUCCUCGGCGUCGCCAACGAUCUCGGCGAGAAUUUUGGCAUCCUCCCUGGUCUCGCCUGCAACAAGUUCCCGCCCUGGCUCCUCCUCUGUGUCGGUUCUCUUACCUCUUUCCUCGGUUAUGGUGUUCUCUACCUCGCUCUCACCAAAACCGUUUCCAUCCCUUACUUCGUGUUAUGGUUGGCUCUGGUUAUUGCUGCAAACAACACUGCGUGGUUAACCACUGCUGUUCUUGUAACCAACAUGAGAAACUUCCCUGUUAGUAGAGGCAAAGUUUCAGGAAUCCUGAAAGGUUAUGGGGGGCUCAGCGCUGCAGUUUUUACUGAAAUUUACAGCAUCGUGCUUCAUAAUGAUUCUCCUAACUUCCUGUUGUUGCUUGCCGUUGGUAUUCCUGUUAUUUGCUUAAGUAUGAUGUUUCUUGUUAGGGCUUGUACUCCAGCUUCUGAUGAAGACUCUGUAGCUAGUGGCCAAUUUAUAUUUAUCCAAGUUUCUAGCGUGGUCUUGGGGUUGUAUCUUCUAGCAACCACAAUAUUUGGCAAUGCUCUUCAAUUAAGUGACACUGUUUCCUCUAUUUUGGUGGCUGUAAUGAUUCUUCUUCUCAUGGCUCCAAUUUCUGUCCCCCUGAAGAUGACUCUGUUUCCUAAGAAAGCUAGUACUGACUCAUCUGAGCAACUACUUGGAUCUUCUGAGUCUCUUAGUCGAGACAAAGAUGACAAAACAGAACCACUGCUAGCAUCUUCAUCAGCAGGAGCCCUUGGAAGUUUUAAUGAUGAGGAUGAUUCAUCUGAGGUAGCUAUGCUUCUUGCUAUAGGUGAGGGAGCAGUAAAGCAGAAGAAGAGAAGGCCUAAACGUGGGGAAGAUUUUAAGUUCACCGAGGCUGUAGUAAAGGCUGAUUUCUGGCUUCUAUUUUUUGUUUAUUUUGUUGGUGUUGGCACUGGGGUCACUGUUCUCAAUAAUCUAGCUCAAAUAGGUAUUGCACAAGGCGAGGAAGAUACCACUAUAUUACUGUCAAUUUUCAGUUUUUGCAAUUUUGUGGGUCGGCUUGGUGGAGGAGUUGUUUCAGAACAUUUUGUCAGGACAAAAACACUCCCAAGGACAGCCUGGUUGACAUGCACACAAAUAGUUAUGCUCAUCAUGUAUGUUCUGUUUGCCUUUGCUGUCAAAGGAGCCCUUUAUCCUGCAGUUGCAUUCCUUGGUAUCUGCUAUGGUGUGCAAGUUUCUGUGAUGAUCCCCACCGUUUCCGAGCUUUUUGGUUUGAAGCACUUUGGUGUGUUGGGCAGCGUCAUGUCCAUCGGUAAUCCACUUGGUGCGUUCCUUUUCUCAGCUCUGCUAGCAGGUUAUAUAUAUGAUAGUGAGGCUGCAAAGCAGCAUGGUAUUAACCUUAUAGCUUCUGGUGCUGCCUGCGUGGGUGCAAACUGCUUUAAGCUGACCUUUUUGAUUCUUGCUGGUGUUUGUGGCGCUGGCAUCAUCUUGAGCAUUAUUCUGACACUGAGAAUUAAGCCAGUUUACCAGAUGCUUUAUGCCGGAGGUUCUUUCAAGCUGCCUCAAAGAUCUUGAAGUCACUAAAACAGUAAUGAAGUUGAACAUUGAAUAAAACAGAGCAGAGCUUAGGUCUAUGGUAUCUGCCAUUACUGCGGUAUUAUAUAUACAUGGGUCAGCAUCAAUGAACCCCCUGUGUAAUCUUUGAAGCUCAAAAUUUUGGCAUCUUGCAUGGAUAGUCUUUUUUUGCAUAUGUAAGUUAGUCUUAAAGAGGGUAUUGGCUAUUGAGAAGUGAGAUCAGGUAAAUGAUCUGUAUUAUAUGAUCUGUAUUAUUAGAGGCUAUCAGAUACUUCGACAUUCACAUAUUUGAAUAUGGCUAUUAUCAAUGAGAUCCAUGUAUGUGUGUAUUAGCUA